GUGGCGCUGCAGUCGCGUAAAUAGCAGACGACGGAAAGCGACGGCAUAACCUCCCUCAACCUUCGCCUCUGGGAUUCGAAACUGUUCUGAAUCUCACCUCUGGCUCUGGCUGUCGUGAAAAACUUGGAUGUAACCUGUGAUGGCAACGCCCUACCUGCCGCGCGGGUUCCACUCCAGAGAGGAGUACUUGGAGGCGGCGCUGCGGCUGCUCUGCCAGUACGAAUGGCUCUUCAACUGGCCGGUGACGCAGAUUCUGUCGUGCGGGAUGCUGGAUGAGCUCCCCUUGGAAUGGUGGGAACCGCUGCAACGCCUGUCGCUGAAAAACCUGAACGAACUCCCGAGAGGCGUGUGCCACGACCGGUGGCCCGAGUCCCUGAAGAGGCUGGUGACCGCCUGCACCGCGCUGCGCCUCCCGGUCGCCGACCUGCCGUUGCCCAUCGCCACGCACAUGGAGGGCCGGCUGCGGCACGCGCUGCGCAAGGGCAUGACCCCCAAGAAGGUGCACGAGGUCACCCACCUGGCCGCCGUCAUCCACGAGCAGUGCGCUGCCGCCAACGUCAAGUGUAUCGUCGACAUGGGUUCUGGUCACGGCUACCUGUGCGAGGUGCUGCACCACGCUUACGGCUACCGCGUGGUGGGCCUGGAGUCGGUGGCGGACAGGGUGGAGGAGUCGGCGCGUCGACACGAGGAGAUCUGCCGCGCCAUGGGGAAGCCAAGCGGCCGCGUGCGCUACGUCGAGUGCGACGUGUCGGCCGACAACCCGGGGCCCAUCGCGGCGGCGCUCGCGCAGGAGGCCGACGAGGAGGGGCGGCCGCUGCCGUUCUGCCUGGUGGGGCUGCACUCCUGCGGCGACCUGACGCCCAGCGCCGUGCGGCUGUUCCAGAGCCUGGAGCAGAUCAAGAGCAUGGUGCUGGUGGCGUGUUGCUACCACCGCAUGAGCCUCGCCCCCACGCCGGCCCACUGCCCGCCAGAUGCGCUACAGCCCGUGAGCGGCAGAGUGGGAGAGCGACAGGGCAAGGUGGAGCGAGUGCUGCAGUGGCAGGUGCGGCGGUGGAGCCGCGAGCACCGCGAUGACGUGCACGAGGACGACGAGGACCACGCCGAGGAGAUCCGGCUGGCGGUCGAGUGGCUGGGGCCGCGGGGCCCGCUGCUCGCCGCCCGCGCUCCGCCCGCCAAGGAGCACUUCUUCAACUUCCCCCUGAGCGCCUCGCUGCGCCACCUCACACACUGCGGCCGCCCGCAGUCCUGGAGCGCGGUGUGCUCGACUGCGUCCUCGUCGGCCAGCACGACGGCGUCCUCGUCCUCGUCGGCCAGCACGACGGCAUCCUCGUCGACCAGCACGACGGCGUCCUCGUCGGCCAGCACGACGGCAUCCUCAUCGACCAGCACGACGGCGUCCUUGUCCUCGACGGCGGCCUCGAUGUCAGCGUGCUCGUUCCUGCGGCGGCCCAUGCUGCGCCUCGCCGCGCAGGAGACCGUGGAGCGCUGGGAGAAGAUGUCGGUGGAGACGCACCAGCGCCACAGCCGCCACGUGAUGGCGAGGGCCGUGUUCGAGCUCUACGCGUCGGCGAGUGAGUGUUCCGUGUUCGUCUCCAACGAAUUGGCAGUACACAAUGGGCCGGAGGACCGGCGGAGACACUUACUAUCAACUCAAGUUAGUCACAGUCAUUGUCAAGAUAUUCCCCAUGAGGGGAGCUUUGGCAUACACAACUGUUUAACUCUACUGAUUCAGUUUCACUUGGAAUGA